AUGUAUCUGAAGCUAUUCGUAGUGGUUUUUGCCGGAUUCGGAUUCGCAGUAGUAAUGGCGGUCGUAUCAGGGACGCCAUACGAUGGACAUGCACCGAGAUCUCCAGACGAUGUCAGAAGGGAAGAUUGGAGAAAGAACGUUUACCCCACGCGUUACAACGCUGGGGAUCAUAGAAUCGGUAUAUGCGCUUCUCUUCCUGAACCUCUUGCUACUCCCAUCCGCUCAAACAAGACGCUGAGCUUUGUGCACAUGGCCUUCCGCACUCUGGUUUCAAGGCCACUGUCCACAAUACCAGUACAGGCAUGCCGGAUUGGAGCGAGCUUCCGGGUCGCAAUCACGAUGGUUUCUGUGCAUCGCUGUCUAAGCCGUGGAAGAACGGGUGCGGAUGGGGUAGCAGGGAGCUCGCUUGCCUCGAAUAGGGAGACACCUCCAGACGAGCGCCAUCCAUGUUCUCAUCCAGUACUCGCUGUAUCGCGUUUCCGAGAUGGCUGUGACCACGAUUUCUUCCUUGUGCAUUGCAUGAGGGAUGUUACGAGGGAGCUGAUUGGUGCAGACUCAUCUGCUUUGAAGGCGACUGUUCUUGCGAGUACCUUCUCCGUUUCAGAACCAAUCAGCUCUUCAGCAUCUGCGUCGUCGACGGGGUCUACUAGCGAGAGUGGUAGUGCCGGUGCGAGUGGUUCUGCUGUCUGCGUCAGCCUCCACCACCAAAUCCGGGUCCAUCUCCAGCGCGAGCUCAGCCACCUUUAG